GGCCCCCACCAUGGACUAUACGCGCGCUGGUGCCCGGCUGCAGGUCCUUCUGGGACACCUUGGCCGACCCUCGGCCCUUCAGAUUGUAGCCCACCCCGUAUCAGGGCCGGCUUCCCCUGCCAAUUUCUGUCCUGAACAAUUCCAGUAUACUUUGGACAAUAAUGUCCUCAGCCUGGAGCAGAGAAAAUUUUAUGAAGAAAACGGGUUUCUCGUCAUUAAAAAUCUGGUAUCGGAUGAUGAUAUUCAACGGUUUCGAGCAGAGUUUGAAAGAAUCUGCAGAAAGGAGGUGAAACCACCAGGGAUGACUGUAAUGAAAGACGUGGCCAUUGCGAAGCAGGGUUAUGCGCCAAGUGAGAGGGUGGUUACGAAGAUCCAGGAUUUCCAACAAAAUGAGGAGCUCUUCAGAUACUGUGCCCUGCCCCAGAUUGUGAAAUACGUGGAGUGCUUCACUGGACCCAAUAUUAUGGCUAUGCACACAAUGCUGAUCAACAAGCCUCCGGAUUCUGGCAAGAAGACAUCCCGGCAUCCCUUGCAUCAGGAUCUGCACUUUUUCCCCUUCCGACCCAGCAACCUAAUUGUUUGUGCUUGGACAGCCAUGGAGCACAUCGACAGGAACAAUGGCUGUCUUGUUGUGCUCCCUGGUACCCACAAAGGUCCCCUGAAGCCACAUGAUUACCCCAAGUGGGAGGGAGGAGUUAACAAAAUGUACCAUGGCAUCCAAGACUAUGACCCAGACAGCCCCCGCGUCCACUUGGUGAUGGAAAAGGGCGACACAGUUUUCUUCCAUCCCCUGCUCAUCCAUGGAUCUGGUCGGAACAGAACUCAAGGAUUCAGGAAAGCAAUCUCCUGCCACUAUGGCAGCUCCGACUGCAAAUAUAUCAGCGUGAAGGGCACCAGUCAAGAAAACAUUGCGAGGGAAGUUAUUGAGAUUGCGGAGAAACGUUAUGGAGUCCAAGGAGCCCUGGACUUUGAGGACACUUGGAAGUUUCGAUGCCGACUUGUGAAAGGAGAAAGAAUAAACCUUUGAAAGAGCCCUUCAGGGCUGGAGAGGUGGCUCAGCGGUUAAGAGCACUGAUUGCUCUUCCGGAGGUCCUGAGUUCAAAUCCCAGCAACCACAUGAUGGCUCACAACCAUCUGUAAUGGGAUCUGGUGCCCUCUUCUGGUGUGUCUGAAGAUAGCUACAGUGUACUCAUAUAAAUAA